AUUAAUACAAAGCCUAUAUGGUCGAACGCCAGAUCGAACACUGAUAUUUUAGAACUUAUUUGGUUAACACGCAAGUGGCAAAUCUCGCCUCGCCGAUAGAUUUGACAGCUAGAAUAUACCAAAACCUGUUGACAUUGUGUGAUAUCUUUGCUGUAUUUCUUCCGUAAACGUUAUAUAUACAUAAUGGAUUUAGAACUGUCCGUGCCUACCUGUGACUUACCUGUGAUCUACCUGUGAAAGGCAACUAUCUACGUUAUAUUUACCAGUGUCGUCUGGCAAGUGAGAUCAGUAUUUAUAGUUACCUGGCAAGGUGUGUUCGAUCAAGGAUUCGACUACUUGGACAAUCGCUGCUGUGAAAGAGCGAAGACAGUAUGGGAUUAGACCCUCGUCAGUUUGUUGAUACGGUGGACGAAAAGUAUGUAUGUAAAUUGUGCCACAAGGUCUUCCUGGAUCCAGUCGCUAAUGGCUGUGGCCAUAUCUUCUGUAGUUCUUGUGUCAAAAAGCGACUUCGAGGUGACAUGGCAAAGCGAUGUCCAGUAUGCAGCGCCCCAUUGACCCAAAAGAUGUCACCACCAUCCAUGGACUUCCGGUUAGAACUUUUAAACUUAAAAAUCCGUUGUCAUAAUAAGUGUGGGAAAACCUUUCCCCUGUCCAGCUUACCUGAUCAUAUGAGUGACGAAUGCCCAAACACUGCCAUGACCUGUCCAAAUAUUUCGAAAGGAUGCAAGAAGAAAAUCCGGAGAUGCGAUAUAAAGAAGCAUGCUGAAGAAUGUGAUUUCCGAGAGAUUCAGUGUGAAGCGUGUGGCUUCGUCACAGUAUAUUGUAACCUCUUCACUCAUCAAAGUAGAGUUAGGUGUCUAGAAAAGAAACUCAAACAACAAGUGAUCAGAGAACAGCGUAACCAUGCCAACGAUGUGAAAAGGCAUCGGUCACAUCUCACGAAGUUGAACGUUCGUCGAGAUGUAGAAGACAGGAAAAUAGUUUUGGAACACACACGAUACCUAAAAAACGGGAAAAAUAAAACUCAUGGUUCAUUAGAAGAUCUAACAACAGAUAACAAGACAAGUGAUGUAUUUUUGACAGAGCUUGUGAACAACGAACCUAACGGUGACGAUGGUUCGAGUCCUCCUCCUCACCCGUCACGGACAGGCCACGCCGUUUUCUCGUGUAUGAGGUGCAAAAAGCUGUACAACGCAAUGACCAACAACGAGAAAUCAUGUCGGUGGCAUGCAGGGCCGGUAAGUAUAUUCAGACACACGCUACUUAUUAUUCCGUGAUUGUCCUGUUAAAUUGUUUUCAGUCUAUUUCUGAACGAAUGAGAGCGCUUUGAAAAUGCUCUAUUUACUACAAGAAGAAUGGCUGGGUAUGAAUAGAAGCCCCCAUUGUGUUUUGUUAUUGGUACACAUUUCAAUAUUAUUGUAGUUCUAUUUUGUGAUAGCUGAAUCGUGUUCAAUAUCUACAGACGAUUAAGCAUGUAUAUAUUUAUUUUCAUAUUUCUAUUCCAUUAAUCUGAACUUUUCAUUUCUAUAUAGGAUCAUUAUAUGUCUUUUCCUUCAGUUAUACAACUUAGUUGGCAUGACCAGUAUACUUGAAUAGAUAUUUGAGGCAUACUUAUACCAAAUAUUUUCACCGUGCAGUAGGCUUAACUAUACUCUAUAACAAGACAUCCAUGAUGCUCAGUGUAUAUAUUAACAUCGGGAUAUGGCUAGCACGAAAACUUAACACAGGAGAAGCAAGUAAUUCAAUAAAUAACUAAAGCUCUGUAAGACCAGUAUUUAUGACCAUUAACAAAUAUUCGUCGACCAUGAUGACACAAUAAUAUUAUGUGUAUGGUGAAUGUUUUGGUGGCGUCGGUGGGAUAUUGUGAUACAAAACCAUAAUCAAGAUACCGGUGCUUUGUUUGGGGUUUCAGGUAGUCAUAAGAACGGGUGUCUAGGGGCAACAGCAGAUGAAGACAAUGAAUAGAAAGAAAUUCUGCUUAUGAUAACCAUUAACGUUCAUACUUUGGCGUGCAUGAGUUUAAUCAAUAUAAAAGAUAUUGUAACGAAACUUCAAUUAGCGCAAUUAUAAUUUAUCAAAUGUGUUCAACGCGAAAAUCGAUACGAUUACGAUCAAGACGUGUUCAUGUACUAGAUUUGAACAAAUUUACUGUCAUAUGACAUUGCUAGAAUUUAUUUUCCCCAACAAAUAUGAGAACCGUUGCCAGUUUUAUUAUUCACGAAUCUCGCCGAUUUAAAGUGAGAAGUGAGGUCGGAGUGCUGACUCAAAACGGACGUGACUGAUUGUGUCAUAAUGCACAGUUCAACAAUAAACUCCACAUGAAAAAUAUUCUCCAACUAUAUUAGCACUUCUUUCUAUGCUAUAAAAUGUAUUUUUGCUUGGGUAAUAACGGUAGAUCAGUCUACGGCCCACAAUAGAAGGUCUGUUCCUGGUCGCUGAAGUGCCUAUACAAGCCGAACGACAGAAUGUGAAUUGAUUAUAUCACGGCCCAUAAGUCAAUAUUUGCCAGGCUUAAAUAUUUGUAGUAAGAAUUAUCAGGGCAAGUGCGCUAUCGGAUAGGGUCGCAAUGGAGAGUAGGAUAUGGUGUUUACAACGUAUUAUUACCAAAUUAUCAGACUGUCACACAGCGUUCUUUACUUUGCUGGAAGCCAUUUCUUUCUUGUCGUACGCCGAUUGACAUGACUAUUUUGAACUUAGUUACAGAUCAUGGAUGUGUUUGGCGGGACAUGCUUCGCUUGCGGACGAGUUGACUAUCAGCCAGGAUGCAUGUCUGGACACCACCAUUCGUGACGAAAUAAGUAAUAGACAACGAUUAGUGCUACUACAUCGACAAACUCUACCAAAUCGCGAGAGUACGACGGAAUUUUCUAUCAGCAAAUUGUCCAUUUCAUGUGGUGAACAGUUUUGACAUCUUUCGAAGGAAAACGCACGGAAUAACUUUAGCAUCUCGUACCAACCGCUGUUGGUCAGACAGGGCAAAUUACAAUGUGUUUUGGAUAUUUUUUAUCAAGUAUGCUUAUAUCCUUAUAUCUUAAAACUACUGAAAAUGUCUUCCUGUGGGAAUACGUGCAUCACCUCUCUGUAAUGGAAUUGAACAUAUGAUUUCAUUCAGAUGUUGUAUACAGCUGUCAUUAUUCAAUGAUAAUUAAAUUCAUAUAAACUUAUGCAAAUGUUGAACAUUCCAUAUAUAAUGUACAUUCAUACUGACGAAAUAAUGGUUUAAUGCAAGCUGUCACACCUUCACUUAAGUAUCAAUUCAGUAAACUGGAUUAGUGGUUAAGAUUAAUCUGGUAUACUAAAUGUCGGAUUAAUUUAGAUUUAGUCGCACGUGUGUCGUUAUUUUAAGUAUGUGACCGCACAUGCACAAAUCCAAUUUCAAUUUGAUAUAUAUAUAUAUCCAAUUUAAAAUGCACACCUGGUAUUAGAAUCAACAAUUAUUGAAGGGAUUUAAUCGAUGGCACUUCGGUGUGAAGGUCUUUAAGCCUUGUUUAACAGUUUAAACAAAAACAUUUGUCAAAUUUUCUCGGCAAACUUGACAUUUAGACAUCAUACUAGAACUUUCCUAAGAGAAAUUCUCGUUUUGGUUAUCCCUAUAUUAGACUCUAUAACAUUAAAUUUUCACAGUCUGAUUUAUAUUGAUAUCCUCCCUUUUUAAUGUAUUGUUUUUCCAAAUGCGACGAUACAUUUCCAAAAUGUUAAGCAAUCUUAAAAUGGCACAAUUCAACCACUAAUUGGUGCUAAAAGUUGUUUUAUUUUUAGAUAUGCGCAGAUGUAAUACUAUCUAGAAACGUUUAUUUAGCAUUUAUGUCGCUGGGAUAUAAUAAAUAACGCUAAAAUCAAAUAUAUAUCGUAGAUUUCACCGUUUUAAAUCAAUAUUUUUCAAACCUAAAUAAAAUUGAUAAUGAU